AUGUUGCCUUUGUUCAGUCGCUAUGUUCGACUCUUUGCGACCCCUUGGACUGCAGCAUGCCAGGCCUCCCAAUCCCUCACUGUCUCCUGGAGUGUGCCCAAGCUCAUGUCCAUUGAAUCGGUGAUGCUAUCCAACCAUCUCAUCCUCUGCUGCCCUCUUCUCCAUUUGCCUUUAAUCUUUCCCAGCAUGAGUGUCUUUUCCAGUGAGUGGGCUAUUCACAUUAGGUGGCCAAAAUAUUGGAGCUUUAGCUUCAGCAUCAAUCCUCCCAAUGAAUAUUCAGAAUUGAUUUCCUCUAGAAUUGACUGGUUUGAUCUCCUUGCAGUCCAAGGGACUCUCAAGAGUCUUCUCCAGCAUCACAAUUUGAAAGCAUCAAUUCUUUGGCACUCAGCCUUCUUUAUGGUCCAACUCUCACAUCUAUACAUGACUACUGGAAAAACCAUAGCUUUGACUAUACGGACCUUUGCUGUCAACGUAAUGCCUCUGCUCUUUAAUACACUGUCUAGAUUUGUCAUUGCUUUCCUUUCAAGAAGCAAGCAACUUCUAAUUUCAUGGCUGCAAUGA